AAAAUCAAUAGUUUUGAGGCCCAUCACAACUGUCGCCAUUGUAGCGAUCAAUCUUCAUUUUUUUUUUUUCAUUUAAACCGUCUAUGAAACUGCAGAAAUUUUUGUGAUUUUCUAUAUUUCUAGCUAUUGAUGUGGUGAUAAGUAGUGAAUUGGAUGAAGAAUCUCAUGCGUUACAAGAUCCCAAGAGCCUUAAUCCGGUGAUUUCUAUUAAUUUUAAUUCCAAUUUAUCUUGACACUGAACUUUGAAGCAAGCAGAAGCAGUACCGGAUUUUGAUUCUUCUGAUAUUUUUCCAUUUUGGGGGUUUCUUUGCCACAUUUUUUUCCUUCGACUUUUUCGCAACCCAGUUUCGCGAGUCUUGAUGGUUCAGAGUUCGUCGGCAAUUUCGCAAAUUUGAAAUGGGGUCGCUCUUGAUUCUGACGUUCUUGUUUGGUUUUGUUUUUGGGGUUGUGGCAAUCGUUGGGGCGGAGGCUUUUGGAAUCUUCAUCAUUUUGAACAAGUUGAGUAAGAGGUCUCAAAAGGAUUUAGCUAAAGCCAAUGCCAAGUUAGACCAAUCCGAGCUAGAUCCUCUUCAAUCCCUUGAAUUUCUUUCGAACAAACAGGGUUCUGUUUGGAUAUUAGAAUCAAAUGUGUUAGAAGAUAUCAUAGAGAAAGGACCCAAAGAGCAAAAGAAAAGGAAGGAUUUCUUGGAGGUAACUCCGGUAAAAAAGUAUGCAAGAAUCAAGGACCACACAUUAGUGAUAACGGAACUAGAUGGUAAGAAGAGAACAACAAUUCAAUUAAAUGGCUGCACAGUUGAAGCUGUUUCAGCAACAGACUUGCCUUCCAGAAAAUGGGUGAAAAGGUUCCCUUUAAUAUUGGAAAAUAGGACCUCUGUAAUUUAUCAUGAAAGUAAAAGAAUUUUCAUUUUUCUUGAGACUUCCUGGGAGAAGGAAUCAUGGUGCAAAGCCCUCCGUUUAGCCUCAUGUGUUGACAAAGAAAAACUGCGGUCGGUUGCUAAAUUGCAGAAAGAGUUCCAUAGUUAUAUUUCUUCAUUAAGUACUGGGUAUCCUUCAUUUAUGAAGCCCUCUACAGGGCACCAUACUGAAGCAAUAGAUAAGGAGAUCAAGCCUAAUGUUCCUCCUUCAAAGGUUCGCCAAUUUUUCAAAAAGCUGGCAAAAAAGACUUCAAAGGCUGCUUCAGAUUACAUAGCAAAUCCUUCUUCUUCUUUGCGUGAAGAAAAAAGAUUUAGCGAGAGGUAUCAUCCCGGUCCAGAUUUCAUUUCAUCAGCAGGCUUAGUAAAGGGAAUUCCAAAGGCGCAGAGUACUAAAAGUUUCUUUGAGGAAGAUAUGGGAGCACCAUCAACCUUGACUCAUUCAAUUAGCCAAAGUCAUGCCUCCGUUGUCUCUGAUGCAGAUACUGAUGACAGAUUCUGGACUGAUGAAGGAACGCUUUGUUGGAAUUUGUUGAUGUCGAGAUUCUUUUUUGAUGCCACAAGCAAUGAAGGGCUAAUGAAAUCUUUACAUGAUCGAAUUCAGAGGAUGUUGUCCAAGAUGAGGACUCCAAGUUACAUUGGUGAAAUUAUCUGUACUAAAGUUGAUCCUGGAAAUCUCCCGCCCAAUAUUAAUAUUAUUAGGGUUCUUCCCUUUGAAUUGAAUGAGGUAUGGGCCUUGGAGGUCGAUUUUGAAUACUCUGGAGGGUUUGCCUUAGACAUUGAAACUAGAAUUGAAGUUCAUGAAUUAGAUCUUCAAAAAAACGCAGUAGACUCAAAAUCUGAUUCAAGCGAUGUUGGGGAGGUUUCUUCAUUUCUAGAAGAUUAUCUUGGAAAGCAGCUCAGUUCCUCUGAAGGAACAGAUCAGAACGAUGAAGGUGGGCCAGGAAACAAUAAGAACCCUGCUUCCUCGUCCUCGUCCUCUAGUGGAUCCAGGUGGAAAUCUUUAAUGAAUUCCAUUGCUAAACAGGUUUCUCAGGUGCCUAUCUCCUUGGUAAUAAAGGUUGGAUCUCUUCGGGGGACACUUCGGUUACAUAUAAAGCCACCUCCUUCUGAUCAACUAUGGUACAGUUUUACAUCCAUGCCUUAUUUGGAGUUGCGCUUGGCUUCAUCGUUCGGGGACCAUAAGAUAACUAGUGCACAUGUUGCUCAGUUUUUGAACAAUCGAAUUAAGGCAGUGAUAAGAGAUACUUUAGUGCUCCCCAACAGUGAAAGUAUUUACAUCCCAUUUAUGAUGGCAGAGAAGGAUGACUGGGUUCCAAGGGAUAUUGCACCAUUUAUGUGGCUUAACCAAGGAGCUUCUGACAAUAAAGCUUCAUGUGAAAAUCAAAGCUCCCAUCCUGUUGAGGCCAAGAAUAGAUCUGAAGCCACUAAAACCACCUCCACAGACCAGCAGGGUAUUGAGGACAAAAGACCUAAGAACGCUGAAUCUUCUCAAUCACACUCUGACUUGUCCAAUGCAUCAAAGCCUUCAUCAAGUACUACUAAUCCAGCUCGAGCUACAAAAAAGACAUCGGACGAAAAUGAAAUGAAAGUCCCUUUAUUAGAAAAUGACAAAGCAGUUGAAAAUUUCCAGCAACGUAAUAGAGAGUAUGCCCAAGAAAAUCAUUCACCAUCUAGGUCUACAAGCAGCUUAUCAUCCGGGCAGGAAAGUUAUAACGCUGAAGAAGAUGAAAAGCCAAAAAGAAUAGGAAGAAGAGCUAGAAUGUUAGAGAUAGGGAAGAAGAUGGGGGAGAAACUAGAAGAAAAGAGACGUAAUAUUGAAGAAAAGAGUAGGAAUAUUGUUGAGAAAAUGCGAGGACCAUAGGCAUAAAUAUUACAAAACAUCAAUAUUUGAAGAUGGGCGAUAGAAGAUGUGAAUGUGAUUCAGAGUGCAAAUGACGGUUCGUCUCUUUCAAACCCACAAAUACUGAAGCAACUGGAGUACAAAUUUUGCAAUCAUUUUUUUCUCUCUCUCAAUACUAGAAUUUGAUUCAGGUGGAGCUGAGGCAAUUCAAAUUGUAUUGGUCCAGUCCUGAGUAUAGGAAACCCUAGAUGUGAUAUUCUUGUUUUCAUGAGUUAGUUCGACAUUUUUCUCUGUAUAGAUACAUUACAGCUUAGUCCUCAUGAACAUUGGUUAGCCAUAAGUAAAUCAAAUAAAUGGAGUUUAUCAAUA